AUGUGGUGGGGCUUGCCUAAUCGUAUCAAAGAUGGCCAUCCUUACUUUCAUGACCUGCGCCAAUUGACCUGGGCCGAGGAACGGCUCCUGUCGGAAUCCCUCGGCGAGUAUGGCAAGCCCAACGAAGCUGAGAAGAUCGACCUCCGUGAUCUUGCCCGGGAUUGGGCUGCGCCUCUUGGCAGUUACAUGGGGACCGACUGGGGCGACUUGUACGCGAGAGCUUUGACCGAGCCCAGGACACUGAGUGAUGCCGAGCGAAGACUCGUGCUGGGAUGGCCAUCCGCCGAGGUCGAGGAGGCGAACGUGCGCCAGGCGACAGCCCAUCUAGAGUCCGGACCGCUCAGCGCGACCGAGCUCAUAGCCAGGACAGCCGACUGGGAUGGCUGGAGAACGCUGGCCCUAGAACUUGCUGGUCUCAUCGCCAAUGAGUUCAAUCUUUGUAGUAACAAGGAAGAGCCUGUCGUUCGACACGUCCCAACGCUUGUUUCGUAUGACAUAGAAAGCACCCGCACGCAACAAGAGAGAUGGGCAUGGAACGCCGCUGCAUGCGUUUGGCAAGACCUUGCUGCGGGAAAACCCAGUAUCUAUCUAGAGGAACGCCACUGGGUCGUUGAGGAUGGUGGAGAAUGGGAGGACUUGAAGCCCGUAGGCCGUGAUAGUCAACAGCGCCUCAAUGAUAUGAAUCGUCUGGCCCUCGAAUAUCCUGGCCUAGGCGACUGGGAGCGAGGACACAUCUUGGAUCAAGAGCCAUUUGGCAUGGUAUUGUAUGUUUCCAAAGAAUUACGACAGGCCUAUACUCGAUUCCUUGAAGACAACCCCUCUUUCUGGGAUUAG